AUGGCUACUGCCGUGACACAAACUACGACCGUGCCCAUGUCCCAAGACAUAGAUUCCAACCCAAACCCAAACCCAAACUCCCCAACCAUGCUGAAACUCGGCUCGACGGAUAAUAUUGAUCGUCACCAGCCCGACGAUCAUGAUUCGUCACAGACCCCCACCGCCGUGUUUGAUAUUUCGCCCGAGGCUGCAUUACAAUUGCUUUGUUUGAAUAUUGAGCGGCUAGGCGCUUACUUCGCUCAGAAGCCCGUUGGUACCGAUGAGCUGCAUGUGCAUGACCCUCCUCUGAAUUAUGGUACCCCUGCUGAGGAUGAGCUCAAGGCGAAAGCUGUCGGGCUACAUGUUAAGGACUGCAGUGAUCCCCUAAGGGCGACGGAAGAGGCGAUCCAAAUGGCUAUCUUGGCGAAGAAGUUUUUGUCGAAGAAGGUGCCGCCGAUUCCAUUGAACGAGUAUCUGCUCCGUUUGCAUAGGUACUGUCCUAUGUCUACGGCGGUAUAUCUCGCAGCUAGCGUGUAUAUAUCGAAGAUGACGCUAGUCGAAAAUGUGUUGAGCGUACUGCCGAAGAAUAUGCACAGGCUUGUCCUUGCUGGUGUCUGGGUUGCUUCCAAAGCUCUAGAAGACCUGAGCUAUCCGCAUAGUCGGGUUGCGAAGGUCGGCGGAGUCAGUGAGCAGGAACUGUCAAAACUCGAAAUCAGCUUUUGUUUCCUGGCCGACUUCGAGCUGCGCGUUGAUGCGCAGAUGUUGAUGAACGAAGCCUUGCGCUCUCGUACUACCCUGAAAUAA